AUGAUUCUGUCGAUCAAUCACCUCCACCCCAGCCUACGCCCGACGUCCACUUUAUCCCGCAGCGACGACCUCACAGUCCGGAACCUCCGGGAGCGCGUUCAGUUCGCGCACGGCGACAUCCACCCGCCGCACAGUCACCGAUUGCACUGCGUCCACUGCCGGAAGGAGCCUACCCUCGACAUGACUUAG